AUGUCCGGAAGGCUUUGGAUGCUUGUUUCCAUCCACCAGGAGAAACACCGAGGGAGAUCGCCAGGUGCCAGUUGUCGGGCUUCAGUCUCAGGGCUGCGACAAGUCCACAAUGGCAGCCCGAAAGUCCGUUCCGACGAGCCGAUGUUCAAGCCCGGGUGGUUUGCCGGAGACCCGGAUAUCGAAGACCAAGGAGGCGACAGCGGCGACAACAAAGAAGACAAGUGUUGGUGCGGACCGGCUCUCGACAUUGAUGGCGGAAGCCUCAACUUCAACCCCUCUGAUGAGCGAAUACACGCAUACCCGCCUUACCUCAAUGUUCGUGGGCCAGCCAGAAGCAGAAUAUUGAUAAAGGGCAGCACUUGUCAAUGCGUCAUGCAGCUUCAUGCUCAAGGACUGCAAGCCAGCAGAAUCGCAGCCAGAAUCGCAGACAAAAUGUAUGCCGAGGUCUAUACUCCAGCAGAGGUGUGCGCAGUCAUCCGUUCUUGCACAAUGUUAGGCCUCACUGGACAAUCGCCGCUUGCAAACGAGAGUUGGGAGAACGAGUCAAUUGAAGGCUGGUGGUUCAAGGAGGAGAGCUACUGCGAGGCAUUGAGGAGACAAAUCCCGGUGGACAAGGCCAUAUGCGGAUAUGACUGCGAUGAUGGCUGGUGGAAGAACAGGCAACACGAACGCAACCGAGACUGGGUCCGCUUUGGGGACAGGUCGAUCGGCUCUGAAAGUCAGAGGAGAAGGUUGUGA